UCGGUUUUUCGAAUUCAUUUCGUAUCGUUGAAAUCGUGUAAGUUUUCGGGAGGAAGGCAAGCUGCUAAUUAGCGAUUACCUCUCGUUAACGCGGUACUCUCGAGAAUGAAUAUAAUUAGCACUCGGCUUUGUGAUGGAAGCGCAGCAAAAGCUUCUUCUUCGUUGUCGUCGUUGUUGUCGUCGUCGUCGUCGUCGUCGUCAUAGUCAUAGUCAUAGUCGUCGGUGACGGUGGCGACGACAAAGUCACUUAAAAAUAUUCCAAGUACGUUCGAAGAGUCAUCCUCUCCGAGGGCGGCCGAUGCGACACGGUCCUCUCUACGCAUCGACGAAUCAUCGAGUGCCGUAGUACGUGCACCACUCUGAAAACCGCUUCGUCGUCGACUACUUCGAAGAAACGAAGAAAUUACUUAAAUGGACGAUUACGAUUACGACAGAAGAGGAAGAUCUGCUGGUGGUGGUGAUGGUGGCGGUGGUGGUGGUGCUGGUGGAAGACGCGCCGGCAAAUACCGUGACCCCAAUGACAAUUACGAUGACGAUGAUUUUGAUAUACGAGAAAAAAGUGCACCCGGUGGUGGUGGUGGUGGUGGUGGUGGUGGCCAGGGUACCCUUCAACGAUUGGACAGCAUACAAGAUCCGGAAAAAAGAUAUGUUCUCAAGGAUGUUAUUGGUUCCGGGGUUUGCGGUGACGUUUACGAAGCGAUCGAUCAACAAGCUGGCAACAAAAAGGUUGCGAUUAAAAUACAAAAGCUUACACCGGAAACACAGGCCUUGAUCGUUGAGGAGUACAGAGUUUUGCGAGAUUUUGCUGGACAUUCAAACCUUCCUGACUUCUAUGGGAUUUAUCGUAGAAGAUCUGGAAAGAAAACGGAAUACGAUCAGAUAUGGUUCGUCAUGGAGCUUUGCGAAGGUGGAUCAGUAAUGGACUUGGUGAGAGGUCUCAUCGCUUCGAACAAAAAAAUGCGCGAGGAACACAUCGCUUAUAUCCUUAAAGAGGUAAUCAAGGCAUUGAUACACCUACACGAAAACAAUAUUAUUCAUCGUGACGUACGUGGCAGCAACAUAUUAUUGACGAAAGAGGGCGAAAUAAGGCUAAUUGAUUUUGGAUUAUCGAAAAUGAUUAAAGGAGAAUUAGGUAAAAGAAAUACUUGCAUUGGUUCGCCGAAUUGGAUGGCACCGGAAAUGGUUACCAGUAAGGCUGCUGGUUCUGAUAGCGGAUACGGAAGUCGUGCCGAUGUUUGGGCUGUUGGUAUAACUGCAAUCGAAUUGGCUGAUGGUAAACCACCCUUUCAAGAUAUGCAUCCCACUCGUGCAUUAUUCCAAAUUGUUCGUAAUCCACCGCCGACUCUCUACAGACAAUCCAAUUGGACGCAAAAUUUCAACGAUUUUAUUUCAGAAUGUUUAGAAAAAAAUCCUGACAACAGACCGUUCAUGGCGGAGAUCAUCGAACAUCCAUUUUUAGCGGAAUUACCGGAAAACGAUUAUUUGCUGACUCAAGAAAUAAAAGCAUUGGCUAUGGACGCUUUGGAAAAGGGUAAAGAAGGUAGACAACCGGAAACGAUCGUUCGUAAAAAUUUGUUAAAGACACAUCAAACGAAACCACCGGAAGCUAUGUUCACGGAGGAUCUCGCAGCUCUCGAAAUUUUAACGGAGGAUGCAAUAUUGGACGAGUUGCAGGAAAGAUUGCAACAAGGCCACUUUCAUACAUUUGUCGGGGACGUUCUUUUGAUACUCAAUCCUAACGAGAGACACGACAUUUAUGGACCGCAAGAUCAUACCAAAUAUCAAUGCAAAUCCCGUUCGGAUAAUGCACCACACGUUUAUUCGGUAGCAGAUAGCGCUUAUCAAGACGUACUUCAUAACGAGGAACCCCAACACAUUUUAUUUUCUGGUGAAAGUAAUUCGGGAAAAACGACCAACAUGUUGUAUGCCAUAGAACACCUAAUGUUCCUCGGAAAGAGCUUACAAGACACCGGAUCGAGAUUGUUGCGUGCUUUGAAAGUGAUUCAUGUAUUCAGCAACGCUGCUACACCCCUCAAUCCAAAUUCAACGAGAUGCGUGUUGCAAAUCCAAACGACUUAUGGUUCCUCUGGGAAAGCAUCCGGAGCAAUAUUCUGGCUUUAUCAAUUGGAAAAAUGGCGAGUUUCUACUCGUGACAGGAAUCAAUCGAAUUUUCAUAUAUUUUAUUAUUUUUACGAUGGCCUCGAUGCGGCCGGAAAAUUAAGAAACUAUAAUCUUCCAAGUGGUAGAAGAAUGCGUUAUCUACGAAUAAGCGACAAGGGUAACGAAAGGAAACGAUCUUUCAAAGUUAGAAACGAUCCCGAUGGAAACGUGACAAGAUUUGGAGUUAUGAAAGAAAAUUUGAAGAUCAUGGAAAUGGAGGAAUACUGCGACACAUUGUGGAAAAUAUUAGCUGCCAUUUUGUUGCUCGGAGAAAUACGAUUUGUCGAGGGUAACAAUGGCAUUGCUGAAAUGGACAGCAACGAAACAGCUAACAGAGUCGCGGAGUUGCUCGAUUUGGAUCCCAAAAAAUUUUCAUGGGCUUUAAUGAACUAUUGCUUGAUCAGAAAAGGUGCAGCCGUUCGUAAAAAACAUACCUGCGAGGAAGCAAGAGAAGCAAGGGAUGUAUUAGCGAAUACGAUUUAUCAACGAUUAGUUGAUUGGCUGAUUAACACGAUAAACCUCAAGUUCACGGUUACCCGUACUCUUUUUGGUGACAAAUAUUCCAUAAGUGUCCUCGAUCUUUUCGGUUUCGAAUGUUUCGCGGUAAAUCGUAUCGAACAAUUGUUCGUUAACACGACCAACGAACAAAUGCAGUGUCAUUACAAUCAACGAAUAUUUGCAUGGGAAAUGCAAGAACAAGAAGAGGAGGAUAUAACGAUUCAAAAAUUACAUUUUUACGACAACAAAGAAGCGAUAGAUCAACUGAUGGGAAAGGACACCGGAUUGUUUCACAUUAUAGACGAUGCUUCUAGACAAUUACAGGAUGUUCAAUAUAUAUUUGAAAAAAUCAGACAACGAAUACAAGGGGCUCACAUAAAACAGAUAAGCUCACACGAAUUUACCGUAGCUCAUUAUACCGGAAAACUCGUUUACGAUGCCAGCGAGAUCGCUGAAAAAAAUCGCGACUUUGUUCCACCGGAAAUGAUUGAAACUUUGAGAUUAUCCUCGUUCGAAACGGUCAAACAAAUGUUUACGAACAAAUUAACGAAAUCUGGUAAUCUUACGAUAGUGGUUGAUACACCGCAAAAGGAAGAAAAGAAAACGAAUAAAAGUAAAUGGGAAACUAUAAUGCAAGAAACUACGAAGCUUAGGAAAUACAAUACUGCAUCUAAGGGCCAAUAUUCCCAAACUCGUAAGAUGAGAACCUGCGCGGCAACAUUUCGAUCAUCAAGUUUAGAAAUUUUGAAGAGCCUUUCGUUGGGUGGUGGAAGCGGUGGUAUGCACUUUGUCAGAUGCAUUCGUUCCGAUCUCGAGGGUACACCGCAAGGUUUCUAUCGUGACGUAGUGAGACAACAAAUCAGAGCACUAGCCGUAUUAGACACUGCCAAGGCUAGACAACGAGGCUACCCUUACAGAAUAACUUUUCAGGAAUUCCUUCGAAGAUACAAAUUUUUGGCAUUCGACUUCGACGAGAACGUAGAAAUGACCAAGGACAAUUGUCGAUUGCUAUUAGUGAGAUUAAAAAUGGAAGGAUGGAUAAUCGGUAAAACUAAAGUAUUUUUAAAAUAUUACAACGAGGAAUAUUUGUCGCGAUUGUACGAGACCCAAGUGAAGAAAAUCGUCAAAGUUCAAUGCAUGAUGAGAUCAUUUUUGGCGCGGAAAAAUAUCGCGACCAAGGUAGUUAAUCUGAAGAAACAAAUUGUGAAGAAAGCGUCGAUAAAGAAAAAGGAACCGUCGACAGAGUUGUCUCAAGAGGAUGCAGCAUUGAUGAUACAAAAAGCGUACAGGGGUCAUGUUGCGAGGAAGGAAACUGCUCCGUUGCUGAAGGGGGAAAUGGAUCAGGAGACGAAGGACUUCAUCAAAUUCUACAGCAGCAAAUGGAGAUCGAAGACCAUAUUUCAAGUCCUCCUACAUUACCGUGCAGCCCGCUUUCAAGACCUCGUGCAUUUUUCGCAACAAGUUCAUUUGUUCAAUCAAGCGAUAGCGGUGACGCUAGAAGCGACGAAUGAACGCAUACCGUUAGAUAAAAUCGACCCGGGCAUCAAAGCAUCCGCAUACUUAGGCCAGACCAAACCACCCCAAGUUCACAAGUUACCCUUCGACAUUUAUCGCGAAAUGCCAUACUUCGAUACGAGUUACAUGAGCAAUCCUACGGGGAAAAAGAACAAGAAAACUGGAUCGAUGUCGUCAUCGGCUUCUGACGACGAGCACGAGCCCUGGGACGCCCCAUUAAGGAGACAAACGGUGGCAUGCAGCAACAUCGUCAACUCUCGUACCAGAGACGUCGAGGUUCAAACGACGAAUUCACCACAUCGCGUGGUGCAACAACGCCCAUCGGGCAGCGGGGGACAGAGUCUGAUCAACACUCCGUUUUCCAGAGACCCGAAUAUCCCGGUCCGAUGUCCACCGGAAGAUUCAACAACCCGGCCGAAAAUCAGCAACACCGGAUUACACCAAGCCGCGAUCGAUCGUAGUCCUAUUGGAUCUUCUAACGCUCAUAAUCCUCGCUCAAAUAAUUACGAGAAUACGGGGUCGGUACGUUCUAAGAAACAUGCACCCCCUCCUCCAAUUCCAUACGGCCGAGUAUCACCAGCCCCGAUACGUAACUACGAUGUUCAUCACAAUUCGGAAACUCGAACCCGAAAUAAUUUAGAUACCGGUAACGAUUGGGAAUUCGAAGACAAAGUUAAUCGAAAUACCAGUAAUGUCCUACCCAGCAAUCGUCCUAAUCCUAUACAAGAGUUACAAAUGUUGGGUCGUAGAAACAACAACGACGACGGCAGCGGUGGCGGGGACGAUCAACCACCAUUUAACUUUCAGGCCAUGCUGAGAAAAACUCCUCAUCAACGUGCCUCGAUGAAACGUAAUGCCAUUUAUGACAGUUACGUUCCUUCCGCAUCACCUUACGGACGUCCAAUCAGCCACGAGGAUCAAUACGAGUCCAAUGUCGUUUACAGAAGCAGCGGAAGCCGGAGAGAUUCCUCCGAAUGGAGUCCCAACGAAAUGAUCAGAAUGUCGGAAAAGUAUGGUAGAGAAGGUGCAUGGUCUGCUGGUGGGGAUCGCAGCAACAAUACUGGCGACGUUUCUGAAAGUAUCACCACAGAACUUGCUCCUGGAAUUGUCGUCGAAGGCUACGUCUCUGAACUCUAAAUUCGACAAAAAUUUGAAAAAAAAAGAAAGAAAGACAGAAAGAAAGAGAGAGGUAAAAUAAAAACAGAGCAAAUAGUUAAUCACUUAGAAUCUAUUCUUCUACUCAGAUAUUUAUAAUUAAUCGAAACUUUUUGAUAAACCGACAAUCAGAAUAUUUUUUUUCAAUGUCGUAGUUCUAUCGUAUAUCUUUGAGAACGAGCUACUACUGUUCACAUAGAUUUCGUGCAGAGUAUCUGUCCGACGUACAAGUAACUUAUUUAAUUAUUUAAUUUCUUCAAAAGAACGUAUCCCUCUUUCUCUCUCUCUCUCUCUCUUUUCUUCAAUACCUAAAUAUGUUCCAAAUUGCAGCAAAUUAAUUGAAGUAUAGGAUACAAAGAGAACAUAUUUCUAACGAGUUUUCGAAUUAUUCAUUAGUUUUCAUUCAUAAGAGAAAUACUAAUGAUUGAUAUAACACGUCAUUGUGUAUCUAGCACGGUUCGUUUCCACAUCACCAAUCACCUGCCUCCCCCUCGUUCACGUAACUUAAAGAAUCGUAUUUGUCCUUAUCUUCUACGACCUCCGAAAUAAUCUUACCGAUACACGCAAACUUUGAUUUGUUUAACGGAACUGAUUGUACGAAGCCACGAAGAAAGCGCACUUCAUAAUGUCCUCCAUUCGAGCGCAAUUCCAUGAUCAAUUUUAUCGAAUAAUCAUUUAUAUGAACUAUGAUUAAUCUUAUCGAUUACAUAAGUAUUAUCGCUUGCAACGAAUUAUAAGCAACAAUAAGAUUCGAAUAAUGUACGAUUAUUAUAUACGAACACAAAAAAGAAAAUUAAUUAAAAAUAAAUGAAUGAUAUUGAAAAAAGAAAAAG